UUGUUCUUUGUGUUUGACUGACAACUUUAUUUUCCUCUGUCAAUUUAUUGAUAGUUCUUCAUUUAAGGAAGUGUUACCUCGAGAAUAGUGUCCCCAAUAGAGUCCAGUUUGACUGCAAGUGGCGUGGGAAGAAAGAUAUAUUGCCAAUCAGCUAGUUGCCAGCCACCCUACCGGCUUCCGACGUAAUUUCAUAAAACGGGGAAACACACGGUUACAAUCCGACAUAGAAGUCCGUGUGCUAAGGAAUUCAAUUGGAACUGGCCACGUCAGCUAUACCGAGCCAAACCCAGUGGAUUCUGUAACCAUGAGCGGCGAUAUGGAAGAGGUGGUAUUAAAGCCUCGCAGCUACCAACUUCGCUUGGUCGACCACCUAACGAAGCACAAUGGCAUUGUCUACCUGCCCACAGGAUCUGGGAAGACGUUCGUGGCCCUUUUGACCCUCAAGCGCUUUUCCCAGGACAUGGACAAGCGUUUGGAAAAUGGCGGAAAAAGGGCGUUGUUUAUGUGCAAUACCGUGGAAUUGGCCCGUCAACAGACGGUGGCCGUCCAGCGGCUCACAAACUUGACGGUCGGCUUUUAUGUGGGAGAGCAGGGAGUGGACGAUUGGACGCGCGGCCAAUGGAGUGAUGAAAUUCAAGACCACCAAGUUCUUGUCGGCACGGCCCAGGUGUUUUUGGACAUGUUCACCCAGAAACACAUGACUCUAAGCUCCGUGAGCGUCGUGAUUAUGGACGAGUGCCACCAUGGCACUGGUCACCACCCGUAUCAUGAGUUUAUGCGAUUGUUCCUCUGCGCUGAGAAAAAUAUAAACCUGCCGCGCGUGGUGGGCCUCACCGGGGUGCUAAUCAAGGGAAAUGAGAUUAAGCAAGUGGUCAAGAAGCUCAAGGAGCUGGAGAUUACUUAUCGGGGAAAUAUCAUUACCGUGUCCGACACGGAGGAGAUGGAAAACGUGAUGCUCUACUCCACGAAGCCCAAGGAGUAUCUGAUUACGUAUCCAAGUCAAGAGCGAGUGUUUAUGGUUACGCAGUCAAUACAAUCACAAAUUCAACAGUUCUUUGUGACCUUAGACCUCAUGGAUAUUGGCGUUCAGCCGGUGCGAAGGUCAAAGUCGUUACAAUGCCAGCGAGAUCCGCAGAAGAAGAGCUCGGUAAAACAGCUGUUCAAUGACUUUCUGUUCCAGCUGCAAGAGUAUGGCAUCUAUGCAGCAUCCAUUGCCAUCAUCUCGCUGAUUGUCGAGUUCGAUUUGAAGAGGCGACAGGCGGAGACGCUAAGCCUGAAGCUGAUGCACAGGACAGCCAUGUCCUUGUGCGAAAAAAUCCGUCACUUGCUGGUGCAAAAACUGCGAGACAUGACGGAUGAAGACGACGAUCCUGAUGACAAGGUGAACACUGAGGAGGUCAUUCUUUCCUUCUCCACCCCGAAGGUGCAGCGAUUCCUCCAGUAUCUAAAGACCACCUUUGCCAAUAAGGAUCCCAAAGAUAUCUGCUGUUUGGUCUUUGUUGAACGCCGCUACACCUGCAAGUGCAUUUAUGGCUUGCUGCUCAACUUCAUUGAUUCUACGCCUGAGCUGCGAAACGUGCUCACUCCCCAAUUUAUGGUUGGCCGCAACACUAUUUCCCAAGACUUUGAGAGCGUCAUUGAAAGAAAGCAUCAAAAAUCGGCCAUUCAGCAGUUCCGGGAUGGUAAUGCCAAUCUGAUGAUAUGUUCAAGCGUCCUAGAAGAAGGCAUCGAUGUGCAGGCCUGCAAUUAUGUCUUGAUUCUUGAUCCGCUUAAGACCUUUAACAUGUACGUGCAAACAAAGGGUCGGGCUCGUUCCAAUAAUGCCAGUUUCGUGUUGUUCUCCUCUGAGCUGGACAGGGGAAAGAUAUCCCAGCAAAUCGCUCAAUAUCGGACAGCGCACGCUGAGAUUGCCGAAUAUUUAAAGCUCAGAGUACUGGAACGAACUGAGCCAGAAAUGUACGAGGUUAAACAGCACUUUCAAGACGUUAUUCAGCCUUUUAUCAAUGAGCACGGUGCCGUGUUGCUACCCAGCUCUGCCCUGAUCCUAUUGCAUCGCUACUGCCAGUCAAUGCCCACGGAUGCUUUUGGAUUUGUGAUCCCCUGGAUCAAUUCAUUGCAAGAAGAUACACGUAAAAUACUAUUCGGUGACUGUGCCAGGUCAAAGGAAGUGGUUUCAAUCAAACUGCCACUAAAUUCCAAGCUAAAGGACACAAUUUAUAGCGAUCCCAUGGACAACGUUAAAGCUGCCAAAAUAUCAGCUGCCUUUAAGACGUGUAAGCUACUCUACCAGUUGGGAGAGUUAAACGAGAGAUUCCUGCCCAUAACAUUGAAGGAGCGCGUAGCUGCUAUUGCUGACGUGCAUUUUGAGCACUGGAAGAAGUAUGGCGAUGAUGUGACUGCGAUAGUGCGCAAGAACGCCCCGAAAGUGGUCCGUAACUACAAGACCGACUGUCCGGCGGAGUUUUACGACGCACGUCCGCGGGUUGGUGAGCUCUGUUUUGCUUACGAGAUAUUUUUGGAGCCGCAGUUCGAAUCGUGUGACUACACGGAGCACAUGUAUGUAAACCUCCGGACACCGAGAAACUAUGCUAUAUUGAUGCGGAACAAGCUACCCCGCCUUGCAGAGAUGCCCCUGUUUAGCAAUCAGGGUAAACUGCACGUUCGAGUGGCCAAUGAACCACUUAAAGUAGUUAUCCAAAACUCCGAGCAGCUGGAGCUGCUCCAUCAGUUUCACGGAAUGGUGUUCCGCGAUCUCUUGAAGAUCUGGCAGCCGUUCUUUGUGCUGGAUCGUCGCAGCAAGGAGAACUCCUACCUGGUAGUCCCUCUCAUACUGGGUGCGGAUCAGCAGAAAUGCAUUGACUGGCCACUGGUGACUAAGUUUCAGAGACUGCCACAAGCCGAAAAUUCCAGUGUACAUCAACGGAAGCAACAAACUGCUCCCCGUCCAGAAGACUUUGAGGGCAAAAUUGUGAGUCAAUGGUACGCUAACUUUGAGCAUAAACGCAUGCUGGUCACAAAGGUACACCGCGAACUAACACCGUUAAGCUUGAUGGAAAAGAACCACCAAGACAAGACCUACUACGAGUUUACCAUGUCAAAGUACGGCAACCACAUUGGUGAUGUGGUGCACAAGGAUAAGUUUAUGAUCGAGGUCAGAGAACUUACCGAUCAGCUCAAUUUCUACGUUCAAAAUCGUGGAAAAUCGUCCGCGCAGAGCAAGGCUAGAGCCAAAAUUAUUCUGAUUCCGGAGCUAUGCUUCAACUAUGAAUUUCCUGGCGAUUUAUGGCUUAAGCUGAUCUUCCUACCCAGCAUUUUGCGCCGCAUGCACUUCCUUCUCCACGCGGAGGGCUUACGUAAGCGAUUUAAUACGUAUUUAAACCUCCAUCUGCUGCCGUUUAAUGGAACAGAUUACAUGCCCAAACCACUAGAAAUCGAUUUUUCGCUGAAGCGGAAUGUCGACCCCAUGGGCAAUGUCAUACCAACUGAGGAUGUCGAGGAGCCUAAGUCCCUUUUAGAACCAAUGCCCACAAAGUCCCUUGAGAUGUCCAUGGGCAGUCUGGAAAUAACAGAGUUAGAAAAUUCCUGGCAAACUUAUAUGGAACCGGUGGAUCUGUCUCGGAAACUUUUGAGUGCGUAUCCCGUGGAGCUAGACUACUACUAUAAAUUUACCAUGGGUCAGGUGGCUAAGCUGGAGAAGAUGGAGUUCGAAGAUAGGGAGUACUGGACAGAAACUCAGUUCAAGAUGCCCAAGGGUAAUAUCUAUGGCAACGGAACUCCGACCAAGUUCAACACAAACCUCGCAGCUUUGAUGCCGUCGACGCCGACUGUUCAAGGGGCGGUAAAACCACUGGCCAUUUUGCAAAAAACUGUUUCCGGAAAACAUAUAACGCCCGCGGAACAGUGCGAAUUUUUGGCUGCAAUCACUUCCUCGAGCACCGCGGAUGUUUUUGACAUGGAGCGCCUUGAGAUUCUGGGCGAUUCCUUCCUAAAACUGAGUGCCACGCUCUAUCUGGCCAACAAGUAUUCGGAUUGGAAUGAGGGCACUCUUACACAGGUCAAGUCCAAGCUCGUGUCUAAUCGGAACCUGCUGUACUGCCUCAGCGACACGGACAUUCCCAAAAAGAUCAGCACCAUUCUGUUUACGCCUAGAUACACAUGGCUUCCACCCAGCAUCAGUUUGCCACACAAUGUGCUAGCCUUGUGGCGAGAGAAGCCCGAAUUGGCGAGCAUGGUAGGCCCACACAACCUCCGUGACUUGGCACUCGGCGAAGAGGAGUCUUUAGUGAGGGGCUACUGCAGCGAUAUCAACUACAACAGCUUCGUGGAGGGAUGUCGAGCGAAUGCGCAGUCCCAUCAUGCGGGCGCCGAUUUUUCUGCCGAGGUUAACUUCUGCGUGGGACUGGUCACGAUCGCCGACAAGGUGAUAGCCGAUACCCUUGAGGCGCUAUUGGGCGUGAUCGUUAAGAAUUACGGACUGCAGCAUGCCUUCCGGAUGCUAGAGUACUUUAAGAUUUGCCGAGCGGAUAUUGGCAAGCCCCUUACUCAGUUACUGGACCUCGAACUAGGUGGCAGCAAGAUGCGGGCGAACGUAAACACCACAGAGAUUGACGGCUUCCUCAUAAAUCAUCAUCAUUUGGAAAAUAAUCUGGGCUACACGUUUAAGGAUCGUGGAUAUUUGCUGCAGGCCCUCACCCAUCCCUCGUUUCCCACUAAUCGCAUAACCGGUUGCUAUCAGGAACUGGAAUUUAUUGGCGAUGCCAUACUAGACUUUUUAAUUUCUGCCUAUAUUUUUGAGAACAAUACCAAAAUGAAUCCUGGCGCUCUCACAGAUCUGCGUUCCGCUUUGGUCAACAAUACUACUCUUGCCUGCAUAUGCGUGCGGCAUCGGUUGCACUUUUUCAUCCUGGCGGAGAACGCAAAGCUUGCCGAGUCCAUAGCCAAAUUCGUGCAAUUCCAGGAGAGUCAGCGUCACAGGGUAACCAACCAUGUGCGCAUUCUGCUCGAGGAAGCUGAUGUUCAGCCGACUACGCUGGACUUGGAUGACGAUCUGGAUAUGACUGAUUUGAAGAAUGCACUGAAAUCCAUUUCACAUGAAGAAGAGCAAAAUGACCCAGCUAAGGGUGAUUUCAACAUGUCCACAAACGUGGAUGUGCCAAAGGCGUUGGGGGAUGUUCUGGAGGCUCUUAUUGCAGCUAUCUACCUGGACUGUCGAGAUCUCCAACGCACUUGGGAGGUCAUUUUCAAUCUCUUCAAGCCGGAGCUUCAGGAGUUCACGCGGAAUGUGCCCAUCAAUGCUAUACGCCAGCUCACUGAGCACAAGCAUGCGAAUCCCGUGUUCAGCUCGCCCAUCAUCGACCAGGAUAAGGUGAUGGUUAGCUGUCAGUUUACCUGCAUGGAAAAGUCGAUCAAGGUGUAUGGAUUUGGAAGCAAUAAGGACCAGGCCAAGCUAGCGGCUGCUAAGCAUGCUCUUCAGAAGUUAAGCAAAUGUGACGCCUAAUAUGAUGGUUGUAGUUAAGUUUUCCCUUCCACAUCCCUGGAAUUUCUGCUGAAAUGCAUUGCAUUUGCAAUCUGGCUUUGCAGAAAUUCUUUGGAAGUGGAAAGAAAGCUCAUCUAAUGAAUUUAAAUGCUUCUACAAAUUAGACCUUUAUAGUGUCUGCGAAUAUUCGAUUUGAACAAUAUUUUUAUUAAAUAUCUAAAACAGGGAGCAUAUUUAAUUGCUUUAAUU